UGUCGCGCGCUGACUCCGCCCAGCCGCCGGGGGCUUGACUGUCAUCCCAAAGAAGAAGUACAGGAAGACUCUUGGCUACUAAAGCUGCUUCUUCACCGCCGUCAUGUCGGAGUUGAAAAGUUGACUUAACACCGUAGCAGGCAUGCGAGCUCAAGCGGAAGCCUCGGUGGCGCCAGGGCGACAUUAACGAAGCACCACCUUCGUCGUGCCAACACACUGGACAAAGUAGCUUGGGCUAAAAGCUAAUGCUAGCCGCGUUAAACUUCAAACUCAUUAUAACUACUUUUGUUUUACACGUGGUCACGCGUUUGCGGAGAUUGCAUUCCGAAGUAGUUUAAAUUUGUUUUUGUUGUUAUUGUUACAGUUUGUAUCAAAGACGUCGACCAACUUUGAAUUUCCCUCCUUCUGGGAGACGCACUGGCGGCUUAGCGACGAGUCAUUAGCAAGUCUGUGCUAAUUGUGCUAGUUAGCCCCGGGGCUACAUCGAUAUUAUUCACUUAAUAGUCGGCCUUUAUUGAGUCCAUACUUCGUCACAUCCGUUACUUGCUUUGAGGUUUUUUUGUUUUGUUUUUUGGCCCACGAGAUUACAUCCACGUUGGGUCUAUUUUGAAGGAAGCGGAUUAAAGUUGACAACUAUGGAUCCUCACACGGGAUACGCCGCCGCAGCUUCUGGUCCCAAGAAGGACAAGAAGUCGAAGAAAAGCUAUGAAGAUGGAGACGGCAAAAAGAAAUUUACACUGAAACGACUGAUUCCAGAUGAGUUGGAGCGAUUCACCAGUAUGAGGAUUAAAAAGGACAAGGAGAAGCAUGGCCAAACGCCAAGUCAGCGCCAUUCGGCUGCCACCAGCUAUGAAAUCAACGCUGCUAGUGCCACACUGCACGACCAUACGGACGAGUACGUCCUGGAACUCUUCGAACAGAUGAUGGUGGACAUGAACCUGAAUGAGGAGAAGCAGCAGCCUCUCCGAGAAAAAGACAUUGCAAUUAAACGCGAAAUGGUGUCCCGGUACCUCCACACGUCUAAAGCGGGUCAAGACCAGAAGGAGAGCUCCAAGUCGGCCAUGGUGUAUAUUCAGGAGUUGAGGUCAGACUACCGCAACGCACACCUGCUGAGCUGUCUGGAAUCGCUACGAGUCUCGCUCAGUAACAACCCAGUCAGUUGGGUGCAGACUUUUGGGGCUGAAGGCCUGGCAUUGUUGCUAAAUCGACUAAGAAGACUGCAAGAGGAAAAAGAUGAUGACUCGAUGGGAGUCAAAUGUCAACACGAGAUCAUUCGCUGUCUGAAAUCCUUCAUGAACAACAAGUACGGUUUAAAAUCCAUGCUGGAGUCGGACCAGGGUAUUCCUCUGCUGGUCAGAGCCAUCAACCCGAGGGUGCCUUAUAUCAUGGUGGAUGCUGUCGCACUAGUGUCUGCCGUCUCCAUAUUGGAACACCCAGAGAAUCUUCAUGAGCGUGUUCUCGAAGCCCUGACAGAGGAGGCAGAGAAGCAGGACAUUGAGAGGUUCCAGCCUCUUCUGGCUGGCAUGAAAAGUGACAAUAUAGCCCUUAAGGUACACAAUCAACAGCAUGUGUCGUUUGAAUGCAUAUCAUCUAAACAUGUUGUCUUAUUUGUUCAGGGUGGCUGCAUGCAGUUAAUCAAUGCAUUGAUCAGUCGCGGAGAGGAGUUGGACUUCAGGAUCCAUAUUCGCUCUGAACUCCUAAGACUGGGACUCAGAGACUGCCUUAAGGAGGUGCGCAAAAUAGAAAAUGAGGAGCUGAGGGUGCAACUUACGGUUUUUGAUGAGCAGACUGAGGAUGACUCAGAGGACCUUAAAGCACGCCUGGAUGACAUACGCAUUGAAAUGGAUGAUGUGAGGGAAGUCUUUGAUAUUUUAGUCAACACAGUGAAGGACUCCAAAGCUGAAAACCACUUCCUGUCCCUGAUGCAACACCUCCUGCUGAUCCGCAAUGAUUAUAUGGCCAGGCCUCAGUACUACAAGCUAAUAGAUGAGUGUAUCGCACAGAUCGUGCUUCAUCGGAAUGGAGCAGACCCCGACUUCAAGUGCCGCAACCUCAGGCUCGAUAUUGAAGGCUUGAUAGACAAUAUGGUCGACCAAACCAAGGUGAAAACCAGUGAGGCCAAGGCUACCGAGCUCGAAAAGAAGCUGGACGCAGAGUUGACCGCACGCCACGAGUUACAGGUGGAACUGAAGAAAGUGGAGGGCGACUACGAACAAAAGCUGCAAGAACUGAGCCAAGAGAAAGAGCUAUUGGCCUGCUCCAAGGAGGAGCGAGAAAAAGAGAACCAGGGUCUGCAGGAACAGCUAAGCAGUCUGCAACAGCAGAUUGACAAGCUGUCCAAAGAUCUGGAAGAGGCCAAGACUAAAGUUGUCACAGUAACCGUUCCCGUGCCAACACCUGGUUUUCCACCUCCACCACCAGCCCCUCCCCUCCCCGGCCAGACUGGGGGUAUUCCACCCCCACCACCCCCCCUACCAGGCCAUGCAAUCAUGCCACAUGCACCACCACCACCACCACCUCCUCUGCCGGGUCAAUUUGGCAUGCCACCACCACCGCCUCCCUUACCAGGCAUGCCGGGUCCGCCACCACCCCCACCCUUACCAGGCAUGCCGGGGCCUCCACCACCCCCACCCCUGCCAGGCAUGGCAGGACCACCACCUCCGCCACCCCUGCCAGGCAUGGCAGGACCACCACCUCCGCCACCCUUACCGGGGAUGGGACCUCCUCCGCCGCCACCGCCACCUGGUGGUCCUGGUAUGCCUCCUCCACCCCCAGGCCCUGGUAUGCCUCCACCUCCACCGUUUGGCAUGGGGGGCUGGGGUGCCCCUGUACCACCUCCAUUGCCUUUUGGCCUUCAUCCUAAGAAGGAAUACAAGCCGGAGGUGCAGCUGAAGAGAGCCAACUGGAGAAAGAUUGGACCAGAAGACCUCUCCGAGAACAGUUUCUGGACCUCGGCCGAAGAGGACAAAUUUGAGAACAAUGAGCUCUUUGCCAAACUCACCUUGGCCUUCUCCUCGCAGACUAAGACCAAAAAGGAGCUUGACGGUGGAGAUGACAAGCAUCUGCAAAAAAAGAAGGUCAAGGAGCUGAAGGUUAUUGACUCAAAGUCCUCACAAAACCUUUCCAUUUUCCUGGGAUCUUUCCGUAUCCCAUAUGAAGAGAUCAAGACCGCCAUUCUGGAAGUCAACGAGAACAUCCUUAGAGAGUCCAUGGUCCAGAACCUGAUCAAACAGUUGCCGACAGCAGAGCAGCUGAGCACACUGAGCGAGAUGAAGGAUGAAUAUGAUGACUUGGCGGAGGCUGAACAGUUUGGAGUUGUGAUGUCCAGUGUAAAGCGUCUGCAACCGCGGCUUCAGGCCAUCCUCUUCAAGCUCCAGUUUGAGGAACAGAUAAACAAUAUCAAGCCGGACGUGGUGUCUGUGACGGCGGCCUGUGAGGAGCUCAGGAAGAGCAGCUCCUUCUCCAAGCUGCUACAGAUCAUCCUUCUCCUGGGCAACUACAUGAACGCAGGCUCCCGCAAUGGCAAGGCCUUCGGCUUUUCCAUAUCGUACCUGUGCAAGUUACGUGACACCAAAUCGGCUGACCUGAAGCAGACGCUGCUCCACUUUCUGGCUGACGUGUGCCUGGAACAGUACCCUGAAGUCAUGACCUUUACAGACGAGCUCAUCCAUGUGGAGAAGGCUAGCAGAGUUCCUGCAGAGAUACUUCAGAAGAAUCUAGAACUGAUGGGUCGCCAGAUCAAGAACUUGAAGAAAGACAUUGAAACCUUCCCGCCUGCACAAAACGACAAGGACCUGUUUGUGGAGAAGAUGUCCAUUUUUGUGGGCUUGGCCCAUGAACAGUAUGAGAAGUUGGAUCUGAUGCAUAAGAACAUGGACAAGCAGUAUAACGACCUCGGAGAGUAUUUUGUCUUUGACCCCAGAAAAAUUUCUGUGGAGGAAUUCUUCGGGGACCUCAACACCUUUAAGAACAUGUUCCAGCAAGCAGUGAAGGAUAAUCAGAAGAGGAGAGAGGCGGAAGAAAAGAUCCGAAAGGCCAAACUGGCCAGAGAAAAGGCGGAGAGGGAAAAGGAAGAGAAACUGAAAAGGAAUCAGCACCUGGACAUCAACGCAGAGGGUGAUGAGACGGGCAUCAUGGACGGCCUCUUGGAGGCACUGCAGUCUGGCGCUGCUUUCAGGAGGAAAAGAGGACCACGGCAAGCAGCCAACCACAGGCGAGCUGGUCACGCGGUCACCAACAUCCUGGCCAAAGAGCUGAUGCAGGACGACACACCUCCGUCAAGCAAGGUGCCCACCAAGAAGGUGAAGCUGGAGGAGGGCACCAAGAAGGAAGACUCGUUAGAGGAGCUACUGGAAGCUCGCUCCAAUUAGGGCACAUUUUGUCUUCUUUCUUUUAUGUAAAGUUACUGCUUGUCAAUGUUGGGGCCAAUUUUGAUGUGAUGGAAAUGUCCCUCAGCCAUAUUUGCCACUCUUAUCAUGUUUCUUCACUAGAUUUGUUGUCACACGACGAAUCAAAAGGGCAUCACCUCUAUUGUGCGCUUAUUUCCACGUUUGUUUUUGUUAGGAAUGUCAGGCACAUCCUCGCUGUUGUCACUCACAGUUUGUGUUGUACACUACAGGACAAACAUGUGCACACACCUUCUCCUCAUUUAAUGUGUUUUCAUGACUAUUUACAUUGUAGAUUGUCACAUCACAACUAUGAAUGAACACGUGGAGUUAUGUACUUGA